UGCAUGCUCUCUCCUACAGCUGCUCUCCACCCAUGAAGGGCAGACACACACACACACACACACACACACACACAUGCACUGACACACAGUUUGUGUAACGUGGUUUCGCAGCGAAGACCGGGGAGACUGGGAGACUCGGCUCUUUGAUUUGAGCAGGAUGAGCAGCAGAGGAGUCUGGAGAACAUGACACAGACUGGCAGUCCCUCCCUCUCUCUGCACUGGCUGGAUUCCUACAUAUACAACAUCAUUCCAGAGAUUGUCUGAUGAGAUAUAGCCUCCGUGGUUCUCCAGUCCUUUCCUAUGUCCACCUGUUGCUGUUUAGUGCACAAAGGCAUCAUGGGAAACAUAGUCCAGUGCUGUCAGACUCUGUCAAACUUCUUCAGGUGUAAGGAUACACCAGUCCAGGGUGAUGUGGAGAGGUCCCCUCUGCUGUCCAGUGAGGACAGUGAAUGUGAAUCUCCGAGUCUGCCGGACGACUCGGAGGACGACCUGUUAACCGGCUCCGACGGUGUGACAAACCCCGCCCUCCAACCGGAGCACUUCCUGUUUCCUGACAUUAUCCUGAGCAGCAACCUGGUAGGGGAGGGGACUCUGGUGGAGCCGAUGGUGUGUCUGCUGGUGUCCGAGGAGGAGGAGGGAGUGAGGGAAGAGGAGCCGGGAGGUGAACAGGAGAGGAGCAGCAGGUGGAGGAACAGGGGGUUCACUGAGGUGGAGACACAGACUGAAGUGGAGACGCAGAUCGGUUUGGGGGUUCAGACUCAGACAGAGUCAGAAAUAUUCAUCUGCAGUACUGUGGAGGGAGAAGUAAACACUUACAAUACUCACAGAGACAUGACUGUGGAUGUUUGGAAAGAACAUGAAGAACUGAGACAGGUGGAGACACAAACGGCACAAGAAAGACGCUCAGAAAUUGUCGUUAGAAUUCUGUCAGAGAACCAACAGAAGAGGACAGACUCUGAGAAGUGGGCUGACAUGGAGGUUUUUGCAGAGGUGACAGAGAAGGUGGAAGGACAGACAGAGAAGAACAAACUGGCCUUUGGAGGUGGAGAUGAAGACAAUGAGGAGGGGCAUCACAUGCAUGAAGAACUGACGGCCACUUCAACAACACAUACAUUAAAAAACGGACAAAAUACAGAGCAAACAAAAGAGUUCAACAUGGAUGGAGAUCAUGUCUUUGUGGUUGCAGCUACAGACUUUACCUGCACAGAGCCGACACAGGAGAGCGUUAAAGAACUAAACACUGAAUCAGAGUGCGCCUCAGUGAUGCAGACUAGACAAUAUAACAGUAAUAAUGAGAAGACUGAGCUCCAGAAGGACGUUCAGCCAACAUUCACCAUCAGCAGCACUGAAAGUGUGGAGAGUUUUGAGCCAGCUGAGUGUCCUGUAGAGCUGACCCCACCCACAGAUCUGGAUAAGGAAGAGACGGGACAGGUGACUGCAGUGUGGGAUCAGAAUGUAAAUGAUUUUAUACUCGCAAAAAGGAAUGUAAAUCUGUCUGAGGACCACACAGAGUUAAAUGCAGAUCAUAUUCAGCUCCUGGACGCCACAAAGACGGAAGAGGACGAGAAGGAGAGCGAUGUGGCACAUCUGGAGGAAGACGAGGCAGAGACCACUCAAACCUUGUUUUUAGUUGACGGGCUGUUUCUGGCAGCAUCACAUGUGAAAGUGCCUCCAAGUCAAAGUGAAGAAAUCCCUGAGGGUGAUCACCCACAGCCGUCUGACGCUGACAAAAGGAAACUCAGCGACAUCGUUGAUCUCCAAGAGACAGACUUUGCUGUCAGGAUUCAGCCUCCUGGAGCAGAGAGUUUUGAGCUCGAGGUGUCAGGCCAGAUGUUAGUGGUGGAGCUUCACCAGGUGCUGAUGGAGCACGAGAUCACCUGCCACCGCACAUGUUUCUCCCUCCAGCUGGGUGGCGUCGCGCUCGACAGCCUCACAGAGCUCAGCUCCAUCCAGGGCAUGGAGGACGGAGCGCUGAUCAAGGUGGUUGAGGAUUCUUACACGGUGCGUGAUGCUCGUCUUCAUCUCAGACAUGUCCGUGACCUUCUGAGGAGCCUCGACCCUGCAGAUGCUUACAACGGAGUGAACUGCCGCUCACUCUCUUACCUCACCUUCUACACCAGAGGAGACAACGACAGCGACAGUGCGGGGAACAGGCGAGCUUCUGAAAAGGAGUCGGUUGACUGCAGCCCGCCAGAAUACAUCCUCCCCGGAUGUAAGGAGCGACCUCUUACUCCGCUGCAGCCACUUAGAGAUGACUGGAAGCCGUUACAGUGCCUGCGGGUUCUCACCAUGAGCAGCUGGAACCCUCCUCCAGGAAACAGGAAGAUGCACGGAGACUUAAUGUACCUUAAUGCCCUAACGAUGGAGAACAGAGAACUCAACAUUACGUCGUCUACACGCGGAUUCUACCUCAACCAGUCAACUGCCUUCAACUUCAAUCCGAAACCUGCCGUUCCCAAAAUCCUCUGCCACUCUCUCGUCGAGCUGCUGAGUCAAGUCAGCCCCGCUUUCAGGAAAACCUUCAGCACCCUGCAGAAGAAGAGAGUCCAACAACACCCUUACGAGCGGAUUGCAGCACCUUUCCAGGUGUUCACCUGGACCGCCCGUCUUGCAGACCACACCCUCGACUGUAUCCGAGCCGAGGAGACGCACACCAGUCGCAUGGGCCAGGACGAGCACACAGCUGGGCAGAGUCGUGACUGGAACGAGGAGCUGCAGAGAAGCAGAGAACUCCCCAGGAGCUCCCUGCAGGAGCGUCUGCACAGAGAGAGGAGCAUAUUCAAGACCAAUAGAGACUUUGUUGCGGCUGCAGCACGAGGAGCUGUGGCCGUUAUCGACGGUAACGUCAUGCCGCUAAACCCGGGGGAGGAGCCUCGCAGCCAGAUGUUCAUCUGGAACAACCUGUUCUUCAGCCUCGGCUUCGACAUAUCAGAGCACUACCGGCCACUGGGGGGCAACAGUGCUGCUCACGCUGCUGCCACCUGCGACCUGAGAGGAGCACAGGCGUACUCAUCUGUGGACAUCGAGGGGCUUCACACACUUGGAACAGCUGUGGUGGAUUAUCGAGGCAUCCGUGUUAUUGCACAGACCAUCGUCCCUGGGAUUCUGGAGAAAAACCAGGAGCAGAGCGUCGUCUACGGCUCUAAUGACUACGGAGAAACUGUCGUCACACAACCCAGGUUUCUCGAGCUUCUAGAUAAAACCAGUAAACCUCUGAGAAUUCAGCGUCACCAGCUGCUCGACCACAGCAACAACCCUGUGGAGCUUUGCUCCGGCAUCGAGACCAAAGGCAUCCUGGGUAACGACGGCAGAGCCUACAUCCUGGACCUUCUGCGCACCUUACCGCCCGACCUUAACUUCCAGUUCUCAGAGACGGAAGAGAGGAAGGAGGUGCCAACAGAGUGUCAGAGCUUCGGUUACCCAUGGCGACAUCGCCACGGCCUGGCCAGCCUGAGGCCGGAGCUGAUAGAGGCCUUCGUCCAGCACAGGUAUGAACUUUAUGUGAAGAUGCUGUCCCAGGGGGUCAUCCAACCGCAAGAACAAGAAGAAGCCACAGAGCAGAGGAAUGAAGGUACAGCCGCUGCUCGCAUGGAAUCUCAGAGAAGAAAUAUAAUCAUGAAAGCUUGUGAGGCCGUGGGAUCAGUGAGUGACUCAGGCUUUGACAUCCGCUUCAAUCCUGACGUUUGUUCUCCAGGCGUUCGUUUCCCCUCUGAGUGUGUGGAGGAGCUUCAGAGACAGAGACAGCUGUUGUGGGACGCUGCUGCUUUUCUCCUGUCCAAUCAGAUACCAGCAGCGCUGAAGGACUGUCUCGACCACACAGCAGUGCCGAUGGACGGAGCGACGCUGACCUCAGUGCUUCACCAGCGGGGCGUGAAUGUUCGAUACGUGGGCGCCCUGCUGAGGGAGCUGGACCGUCUGGAGGAGAGAGACAGACUCUGUCAUGUACAGAGAAUUUCUAUCAGUGAAGUCAUCAUCAGAAGUGCAAAACACAUCUUCAGGACUUAUCUGCAGGAUGUGGAGCCUGCAGCGUUCUCAGCUGCUGUUAGUCACUUCCUGAACUGCCUCCUGAGCUCCUCCUCCUGUUUACCCGACUCCUGCUCUGACGAGCUGCUCUCCCGCCGCAGGAGCAAGCGGCGGCGGAGCCACGGGAGUCGAGUCGCCUCAGUGACGGACAGCAUGUGGGCUCGACUAACACCCUGUGAGCUGUGGGGACAGAUCAGGACCGAGGCUGCAGAUUAUUACCACCACACCAUACACAGUGAAAGUAUCGAUGAAGUCAUAGAAAAGUACAACCUGCAGAGGAUCUCGCUGCUGAGAGAGAUCGCCAUCAAGACGGGCAUCCAGGUGCAGCUGAGGGAGUACGUGUUUGAGUCUCGACACCGGCCGGUGUUUGGAGAGGAGGAUGUCGUCAACAUGUUUCCUGUCGUCAAACAUCUCAAACCCACAGCGACCGACGCUACGCGGCUCAUACAACACGCACAGGAGGCCGUACAGCAGGGGCUCCUCAAAGACGGCUUUGAACUGAUCAGCCAGGCUCUGACUCUGUUCAGCAGUGUGUGUGGCGUCCUGCACGAGGACGUGUGCAUGUGUCUGCGUCUCCUGGGACGUCUCUGCUACAUCCUAGGGGAAUAUACAGACGCCCUCAGCCACCAGGAAAAGGCUGUGCUGAGUAGUGAGAGAAUUAAAGGAAUAGACCACCCACAGACCAUACAGGACUAUACUCACUUGGCGCUGUACUGCUUCGCUGGAGGCCGACCUUUGACCUCCCUGCAGCUGCUGUAUCGUGCUCGGUACCUCACUCUGCUGCUGAGCGGGGAAGACCAUCCACAGGUCGCACUGCUGGAUAGUAUGCUGGGUCUGGUUCUUUAUGGACUGAUGGAGUACGAUCUUUCCCUGAAGUUCCUACAGAAAACCUUAUUGUCAACCUGUAAAUACCACGGCGAAACGUCCCUGAAGUACUCACAGUGCCAUCACCUGCUCGCCACUGUGUACGAGAGUAAAGGAGAGUUUCGAUCAGCGCUGCAACACGAAAAACAGGCUUAUUCCAUAUAUAAGAGUCAGUUCGGGGAGGAGCACGACAGGACGAAGGAAAGCUCUGAGUUCCUUCAGAGUCUCACUCAGCAGGCUGUGAACCUUCAGAAAGCUCUGAACCACAUCUACAGUAACAGCCCCGGCUGCAUCCCUCCUCCCAAGUUUUCCACACCAAGUUUUCCCAAAAUCCUUCAGCAGCUCAACCUGACAUGUGGAAUCAUUGUCAUUACUCUCAGUGCAAAAGACAUGUCAGACCUGAGGAGUGAACUGAAAGGAAAAGAAAAGGUUCAGGUGGAAGAGCUGGAAUAAAGUCUUAACAGCAAACCUGAACUGUGGACCAAAGAGACAGUUAGAAAAGAACAGCUGUGCAGUAAAUUAGACUUCUGAAAAAAACUGCAGACAAUGAACAACGACAACAAAUAAAAGUUUGGAAAAUUGCUUUUGUUAACAAGUAGGUAGACAAAAUCCAGGUGCAGAAAGAGGAGUCUGUUCUGCAGGACUGGAGUUUCUUAUCUAACAACAAAGCUUUUAUUAAAAUAUAUUGAACUCUGCAGAUUGUAACUUUGAUGGCAUGUACAUGUAUAACUCAGCUACCUUUUGUCAGAUAAAGGUACACAUUGAAUACAAUGACCCAGCAGUGAACUAAAAGUCGUCUUUUUGUCUUCGACUUUUAAAUGCUGUCUUGUUGCAGUUCUCUGUGUGUCCACUAGGUCUCACACUUGAGCCAUGAACACCAUAUCCCCAAUAAAAUCAUCUCUACAGUUGUUUUGCACCAUUUAGUCCUCUGUAUUGUUGUCAUUAAUAUCCAGCUGACUGUGUGGAUAGCAAACUUCUGACAGGAUUACACUUAAUAACACUGGUUAUUAUGGGAAAUUUUGUGGAUUUGCUCCACUGGCAGCAAAUUACUGACUGAUAUUUCCUCAAAUAACUACAUGGCUUUUCAUCCCAUACGUGAUUUACAGUUGUAAAUGUGAGAAAAUGUUCCAUGUGUGAUUUGUGAGACUGAUACAGAUUUUAAAGGUGAAAAAUCCACCAACCUAGCGUCAUAUAUAAGCUAUAUUCGAAUAAAGUUACCUUCUUUUAAAAAGGUCUCUGUGUGAAACUUCUUUGUAUAUUUUAAGCUUCCAGGCAUUAGUUUUUAUAAUAAAUACAUGUAUUGCUUUGAGGUGCAGGGUGGAUAUCAGGACACUAUUUGUGCACAUUCUGAACUAAAUUAG